AUGAGCGGAUGGUUCAACAGCGCCUGGUUCGGUGGCGGCAGUGGAUCGGCCCGCAACUCUGGACCCAAAAGCGCCAUUAUCAAACUACGAGAACAGAAGGAGACACUAGAAAAGCGAGAGGCCUAUCUUGAAUCUCAAAUUCACGAUCAGGAAGAAAAAGCGAAGAAGAAUGUUACGGCGAAUAAGAACGUGGCACUGGCUGCGCUGAGGAAGAAGAAGACACUGGAGGGUGAACUAGAGAGAACACAGAAACAGAUUGCAACCCUGGAGACACAGGUAGCAUCCAUCGAAAAUGCAAACAUAAACUACCAGACCCUCGAAGCUAUGAAGGAGGCCAACAAGGCCAUGAAGGAUAUGAACAAGAAGCACAAUAUCGACAAGAUCGACAACCUCCUCGACGAGCUGGACGAACAGAUGACAAACUCGAACCAGAUAGCCGAACGUAUUGGCCAGAUCGGAGAAACCCACAACCAGAUCGAUGAAUCCGAGCUGCUCGACGAGUUACGAGACCUGGAGCAGGAGAAACUGGACGAACAGAUGCUGUCUGCUGGGGCACCGCCUGUCAGCGUUCCGAAUGGAGCAGAAAAACAAAAGCAGACGGCAAAACAAAUCGAAGAAGAGGACGAAGAGGCAGAGCUUCAGAAACUCAGAGCCGAGAUGGCAAUGUGA